AGAUGAUAAAAGAAUGUAUGAAGAAAGUGAUUGCUGUAAACUUGCACCAGUCUGUUCAGGUUAGAUUGAAUGUCGUUCAUUUAGUUGUGUUCACUAGGAAAAGAAAUAAAAAGUUUUAGCAUCUGAAAUGUGACUUUGAUUUAGGUGGAUGAUGAGUUGGAGAUCAAGCCAUAUUAUGCUGGUCAUGUUCUGGGGGCUGCCAUGUUUUUGGUUAAAGUUGGAAAAGAAUCUAUCGUAUAUACUGUAUGUUUUCAGGAUUUUCCUGCACAUCAUUCAUUAACAUCUUAGAUGCCUUGAACAGCAUAAUCUUUGUCGAUUUCUUUAUGUAUAGGGUGAUUACAACAUGACACCAGACAGACAUCUAGGGUGAGUUGGCUCAUUAUCCACUAGAGUAAGACCACAAAAAUUUAGUCAUUCACUAAUGGACCACAUUAGCUAAUGAACAAAAUUUUGAUCUAGACAAAAAUUUCAUCACAGCUUGAAAGAGCAUCACAAAAUUAGUAAUAUUCCGAAAUUUCGUUGCAAAAUGUUGUGAAAUGCGGAUAAUCUAGCCCUGCAAAGUUUGCCGUUUUUCAGUCAUUUUGUAUUACGCACGGGAAAUUGAUACCUUUUUCAGAAAGCGGUAUCAAUUUCCCGUGCGUAAUACAAAAUGACUGAAAAACGGCAAACUUCGCAGGGCUAUAUUAUCCGCAUUUUACAACAUUUUGCAACGAAACUUCUGAAUAUUACUAAUUUUGUGAUGCUCUUUUAAGCUGUGAUGAAAUUGUUGUCUAGACUUGUCUAGAUCAAAAUUUUGUUCAUUCUAAGGUAAUAGGUCCAUUCUUUAUGGUUGUUUAGUGCUGCGUGGAUUGACAGAUGUCGUCCCGAUGUUCUCAUUACAGAGUCAACAUAUGCAACAACAAUACGAGAUUCAAAAAGGUUUGCGAAGCUAAUCUACUGAUGUUAAUAAAUUUCUUCAGCUAAGCAACUUAAUUUUGUUAUUUUAUUGUAGAGUACGAGAACGAGAGUUGUUGAAGAAAGUUCAUGAUACUAUUGAUAAAGGUGGCAAGGUACAUUGAGCUACUGUGUCAACAUCCUCAGAAAACGUUCAAUGAGAAUGAAGACUUCUGAAUGUUUUGUAGGUUCUUAUUCCUGUGUUUGCUUUGGGAAGAGCUCAAGAACUUUGCAUCCUCCUGGAAACUUAUUGGUAAGAUAAAAUGAGAAAUGUUGAAUGAGAACUCCGUUUUCAAAUGCCAGAACUCCGUUUUCAAUGCCAAAACUCUGUUUUCAAAUGCCAGAACUCCGUUUUCAAUUGCCAGAACUCCCUGUUCAAAAGUCAGAACUCCAUUUUCAAUGCCAGAACUCCGUUUUCAAAUGCCAUAACUCCCUUUUCAAAUGCCAAAACUCCCUUUUCAAAAGCCAGAACUCCCUUUUCAAUGCCAGAACUCCCUUUUCAAAAGCCAGAACUCCCUUUUCAAUUUCAAAUGCCAAUACACUGUUUUUAAAAGCCAGAACUCCCUUUUCAAAUGCCAGAACUCCCUUUUCAAAUGCCAGAACUCUCUUCUCAAAUGCCAGAACUCCCUUUUCAAAUGCCAGAACUCCAUUUUCAAAUGCCAGAACUCCCUUUUCAAAUGCCAGAACUCCCUUGUCAAAUGCCAGAGCUGAUGAUUGUUGAUUAUCUUCUGAUAUCCAGCAUAAAACCAUUGAUAUUUUUAUCCCAGGGAAAGAAUGAACUUAAAAGCUCCGAUAUUUUUCUCAACUGGACUAACAGAAAAGGUCUGUAAACAUGAAACAAGGUAGCUUGAAAUUAAAAAUUCAUUAACUCUCACACGAGGAGGGGUAUGUAUGAAAAGUUGUGUUAAAGACUGUUAGUUCCUCAUUUUCAUCAGGACUUUUAUUCCUCUUUUAGGCGAAUCAUUAUUAUAAACUGUUCAUCACAUGGACAAAUCAAAAGAUACGGAAUACAUUUGUACAGAGAAACAUGUUUGACUUCAAACACAUCAAGGUGUGUAGGUAAAAAUUCACUUUCAAGACAGUGUGGAUCAUAUGAUAAUAUCUUUAUCAUUCAUUUCUAUUUUCAACAGCUGUACGUUCCUAUAGUCUGUACAGAUAAUAUAACUGUGAGUUUCAAAUAUUAUAUUUCAGCCAUUUGAAAGGUCAUUUGCAGACAACCCUGGGCCAAUGGUCGUUUUUGCUACGCCAGGGAUGUUGCAUUCUGGAUUGUCUUUGCAGUUAUUCAAGAAGUGGGCACCUGACGAAAAGAAUAUGGUACGAAUAACACGAACACAUUAAUGACACAAUGUCACGUAGCCUAUUUGCAAUGAAAAGUGUUCAAAACCUAAAAUCUUUUUGGCGUUCCUCUCAAAAUUACUUUGUUUUAGCUUUAUUCUCUAGUUUAUAGAGUUAGCUACCUUUAUAAAUGCAUCUGCCGGUUGAGAAACAUAAAAUAAUAGUCAAAAAUUGUCAAUUAAAAUACAAUUAUCAAUGAUGCUUUAAAAUUGACGCCAUAUUUACAGCCAUAUAAGCAAAACUUAGUGAACUUCAGACAUCAUUUUCUCUUUGGCGUAUCAUCUAAAAUCUCUUCAUUUUCGCAUUAUUUUACAGAUAAAGCACUAAACAUACUUUCUAAGUUUGUUUGCCGAUUGAGAAACGUAUCGAAAAAUAAAAAUUUAGAAUUUAGUCAUAACCUCAAGUGGUAUAUUAUACGCAUUAGUUUUGAGCACGUGUUACGUAACAUACAAAAAAUCUCCUCUUAACGUGAAACACGUUAUUAAAAUAAUAGUCACGUUGACGCAGAACACAUUGACGUGAAACACGUUAUUUUAUUAUACGUUAUUAUACUGAACACAUUGACGUUCUGACGUGUUGAACACACGUUAGUAUACUGUAUCAUAAAUGUUACUGAGACGUUGUUGAUGUUACCAGUACAUUGUUGAAGUCAUCUUUUGACAGGUUAUGACGUCUUCAACACUGUCAAUACUUAUACUAGUUAAACAGGUUAUAACAUUUGUAGAUCGUCAUACCUGGAUAUUGUGUGGUGGGAACUGUGGGACACAAGGUACUUGCAGGACAAAAGAAGAUCGAGUUGCAGGAUAAAAAGACAACGGUAAGUCACUGUUGCUGGUAUUUGCUGUCCGGCAACGGUAAGUCACUGUUACUGGUAACUAUCCGGGCUUUAAUGUCAAGAUGAGCCGGUGGCCAUUUUGUUUACACUUGAAGUAUCAAUUCUGCUCUCCUUCUACUCUAAGCUUUCAAACAGUUAUUUUCCUGAUGUUUGUGAUGUUACUCUGAGUGUAUAGUGCUCACCUGAGUACACAACACCAACACAGAAAAAAUCAAAGGUGUUUUUCUUAUUUUUACUAUCUUGCAGAUCGAUGUAAAGCUCUCGGUACAGCAGAUGUCAUUUAGGUGGGAAUGUAGAAUUUUUUUCUAUUUUUCUUUCAGACACAAUGCAGAACACAAUGCAUUUUAGAAUGUGAAGCUACUAUAAUAUUAGUUUUAAAUUCCCUUAAUUUUGUGUGUGUUUAAAUGUUUUAGUGCUCAUGCCGAUGCAAAAGGUAUCAUGCAACUGAUACGGCAGGUGAAGAAUGUAUUUUCUUUAAUGUUGGCCAUGUUGUCAAUGC